CAUUGGGAAAUGUAAAUGACCCUGAGGCUGAGCAGGAAGCCAGCAUAGAUGAAGCCGAAAAGUGCGUAUUGCAACCUUUCAGAGCAGAGUGAAAACAAAGAGCUCAGCUGCAGUUUUAUAUUCCUGGGACUGGCUUAAACGGAAAUUUCCAGACGCCCAUGCUGAAAAAUGAAAUCACAGCUGAGGUUACUCUAAUACUGUCAGCGAGAUAUUUUUUUCUCACCUCAGUAUGCCUUGGAAAAGUACAGUCGGUGUGUGGAUUGUGAGACAAUGGACUGGCUGAGCAUCGUUAUGAAUAGGCACCACAAGACAACCUAAAGAAGGAGAAGUCCCUGGAGUGGACUAUAAUUUUAUAUCUGUUAAGGAGUUUAUGGAAUUGGAAAAAAGUGGUGCUCUCCUAGAAAGUGGAACAUAUGAAGAUAACUAUUACGGGACCCCUAAACCUCCAGCAGAGCCAGCCGCAUUACAACUGAAUGUGACAGACCAGCUUCUUCCAGGUGCCAGACCCAGUGCUGAAGGGAAACGGAAAAGAAACAAAUCAGUCAGUAACAUGGAGAAGGCAGUUAUUGAUCCACCAGAGGAAGACGAGGAAGAGAGACCUGUUGUAAAUGGAAACGGUGAAAUCAUAACACCAGAAUCUAGUGAACAUGAGGAUAAGAGUACCGAUGCCUCUGGUGACAUCCCUCCACAGCCAUAUGCAACCCCAGUCUACAGUCGUGCCAGUGACUCAUUGGAGGAUGGAGACAAAAGGAAGAUAAUAAAGCCAGAGGAAAAUGAUGAGCUGGGCUCUCUCCCUGAAAAUUGGGAGAUGGCUUACACCGAGAAAGGAGAAGUCUACUUUAUCGAUCACAACUCUAAGACAACAUCAUGGCUAGAUCCUCGGCUAGCAAAAAAGGCAAAGCCUCCGGAAGAGUGUAAGGAAGAUGAGCUUCCAUAUGGCUGGGAGAAGAUUGAUGAUCCCAUUUAUGGCACUUACUAUGUUGACCAUGUAAACAGAAGAACGCAGUUUGAAAAUCCUGUCACAGAAGCAAAGAGAAAGCUAAAGCAGCAUCAAAUGCCCAACGCAGAACUUACUCAUCAACCUAUGCAGGUUCACGGUUUUCGAGUAGAAAGCUCUGCAUCAACAUUACCUAGGCCCAAUCUCGCUCACCACUGCCCUGCGCCUCAGAGGUCUCGCAGUACGAAUGACCUGUCACAGUAUCGGAGUGAAAGUGCUGGAAUGUACAGGCUGUAUGAAAGGCCUCCAUUCACACGUGAUGCAUCUCAGCUAAAGGGAACAUUCCUUAGUACAACUCUAAAGAAAAGCAACAUGGGGUUUGGGUUUACCAUUAUUGGAGGGGAUGAGCCCGACGAGUUCCUGCAGGUGAAGAGCGUUAUUCCUGAUGGACCAGCGGCACAGGAUGGCAAGAUGGAAACAGGUGAUGUAAUUGUCUAUAUUAAUGAUGUCUGCGUUCUUGGACAUACUCAUGCUGAUGUGGUCAAGCUCUUCCAGUCUGUUCCAAUUGGCCAGAGUGUCAGUCUAGUGCUUUGUCGUGGAUACCCCUUACCCUAUGACCCUGAAGACCCUGCCAGCAGUAUUGUCUCUCCAAUUUCAGUAAUGGAUAGGUCUCCAUUCUUAUUGAAUGGAAGAAGUCAUUAUGAUACAUAUGUAGACUUUUUUUCUCAAACCUCACGCCCUGGAGCAGAUAUAACAGACCGGUCCCUACAUUCCUUGCAUGCUAUGUCAGCAGAUGGUCAGCUUGAUGGCUCCUUCCCAACAACUAUUCAUGAUGACAAUGUGUCCAUGGCCUCUUCUGGAGCAACACAGUCUGAACUCAUGACUAUCACUAUUGUGAAAGGAGUACAGGGCUUUGGGUUCACCAUUGCAGACAGUCCAACAGGGCAGAGGGUGAAGCAAAUCCUUGAUGUUCAGGGAUGUCCUGGCUUAUGUGAAGGUGACCUAAUAAUGGAGAUUAAUCAGCAAAAUGUGCAGAAUCUAAGCCAUGCUCAAGUAGUGGAUUUACUCAAAGAGUGUCCAGUUGGCAACGAGACUUCUCUUACCAUCCAGAGAGGAGGUUUUUUCUCACCUUGGAAAAGCCCCAAACCAAUGAUGGAGCGAUGGGAUAAUCAAGGCAGCCCUCAAACAAGUCUGUCUGCCCCAGCAAUACCUCAGACUCUCCCCUUCACAUCCAACCUGCACAGAGCAUCAUUUCCUGAUUCUACCGAUGGCUUUGAUCCAAAUAAACCCGACCCCUAUGAACUGUAUGAAAAAUCAAGAGCAAUUUAUGAAAGUAGACAACAUGGACCUCCAAGGACAGCAAAUCGAAUGGAUCCUUCUGGUCCAGAUUAUAAAGAGCUGGAUGUACAUCUUCGACGACAGGAGUCUGGCUUUGGUUUCAGAAUCCUGGGAGGAGACGAACCUGGACAGCCUAUUCUAAUUGGUGCAAUAAUCACAAUGGGAGCAGCAGACAGAGAUGGACGAUUACGUCCUGGUGAUGAACUGUUAUAUGUUGAUGGAAUCCCAGUAGCAGGCAAGACACACCGGUAUGUGAUUGAUCUUAUGCACAAUGCAGCUCGAACUGGGCAAGUCAAUCUUACUGUACGGAGAAAAGUGCCAUGCAUAGGAGAUCCCUGUCCUGAGAAUGGCAAAAGCCCAGGUUCUGCAUCUACACUGCAUAGUUCUCCCAGAAGUGACUAUGCAGGCUAUACCAACAAUGUCCAAACAGCUCCAAGCAGUAUUUCACCGCAAGAAGGCUCUGCUUCUUCCCAAAAUUUACAAACAAAUGAUGUCAUCAUUCAGCGCAAGGAAAAUGAAGGAUUUGGAUUUGUCAUCAUCAGUUCAUUGAACAGGCCUGAGUCUGGCAGCACAAUAUCUGUACCCCAUAAAAUUGGACGGAUUAUUGAAGGAAGCCCUGCAGAUCGAUGUGGAAAACUGAAAGUGGGUGACAGGAUCUUAGCUGUGAAUAACCAAUCCAUUAUUAGUAUGCCCCAUGCAGAUAUUGUGAAAUUGAUUAAGGAUGCAGGCCUCAGCGUUACACUUCAUAUCAUUCCUCAGGAGGAACUUAACAGUCCAGCAUCAGCACCCAGCUCAGAAAAGCAAAGUCCAUUGGCCCAGCACCACAGUCCAGUAAUCCAUCAGAAUGUAGCCCAACAAAGUCCAGUUACACAACAUAGUCCUGCUGCACACCUACAAGCACCUCAGCCUCUACACUUACAAGGCCACGAUAGCAGUUACAGAUCAGAAGUGAAAGCAAGGCAAGAUGUGAAGCCUGACAUCAGACAACCUCCAUUUACAGACUACAGGCAACCCCCAAUGGACUACAGGCAUCCUCCAGUUACAGACUAUCGGCAGCCACCAACGCUAGAUUACAGGCAACCUCCACUCAUGGACUACAGGCAACAUUCACCUGAUACCAGGCAGUUCCCUUCACCAGAUUAUAGGCAACCCCAGGAUUUCGAUUACUUCACAGUAGAGUUUGAAAAGGGGCCCAAAGGAUUUGGAUUUAGUAUUCGAGGUGGACGAGAGUACAAGAUGGAUUUGUAUGUGUUAAGGCUGGCAGAAGAUGGGCCUGCAAUCAGAAAUGGCCGGAUGAGGGUUGGCGAUCAAAUAAUUGAAAUUAACGGAGAAAGCACAAGGGACAUGACGCAUGCCAAGGCGAUAGAGCUUAUCAAACUAGGAGGAAGACGAGUACGACUCCUACUUAAACGUGGGACAGGACAAGUUCCAGAUUAUGACGAAUCCAGUUCCUGGAGUCCUUCCUCUGCAGCCCCCACAGGUUUACCGGAAGUAGCUGUGCACCCUGAUGACAUGCUGUCACAAUCGUCUUCAUCACAUCUAGCCCUUUCCUCUGACCCCAUUCACCAGCUGUCCACAGAGCCAACAUGGGCGGUCAUGAGGGAACAAGAGAUAGGAAGAACGAGACAUCUUUCAGCAGAAGGACAAAAGCGAUCAGGAGAAAGGAGGGAAAAGUCUACAAGCCCUCAGAAAGUGGACAAAUCAAGGUAUGAAGAUGCUUCCAUAAAUCAACUCUCUGAAGGCAAAAUCAGGAAGAAGGAAGGUGGCAGGACCACCUCAACUGGAAAUGCAACUGGGAGAAAAAAUGCAGUCAGUGCUGGUGUAGGGGAAAACAAAUCUUUUGAGAUCAGUAAUGCAAAACCUGUAGGAUCACAGUCUUCUGUAAUUAGCAGAGGAAGAUCCCCUGGUAGAAAAGACAACCAUAAUGCUGUAAGUACCAACCAGAACAGACCACCAGCUGUUUCUGCAGUUAGCCAUGAAUUACCAAGGGUUACAGGAAGCUAUAGCAGUAGCAACAGCAUCUCUCCUGUGAGUGCCAUAGACCAGAAGAAGAAAGAACCUGGUGGGGAGGCCAGUAAGCUCACCAGUGAAAGUCGUCAUCGUCAUUCAAGUAGCACGGCUUACAGCAAUAACACUAUAGCUCGAAAGGCAACUGUCUCACCUGGGCCAUGGAAGAUUCCUGGGUCUGAUAAGUUGCCUAUUGCACUGAAGUCUGGUACUUCUGCCAUAAGCAAAUGAAGUAUUUUGUUUCUGCAUUUUAACCAUUCACUCUGAAUUAAAAAUAAAGAAAAAAAAAACAUUUCCAAUAUAUCUCACAUUAUUUAAUUUUAUGUUAAAUUAUUUUAAAUGAGAUGCACCACAUCUAUAACUUGAAAAAUUAACUUUUUUCCUUUAUAAUGUGCACAGUGUCUAUUAGGGUCAAUAAGGUGAAGAGUCAGCAUAUGUAAAUCAGAGUCAUAAGUUUCUCUGUAGGAGCUUUGGCAGCUAUGGAAGAACCAAACAUGAUACUUUGGAGAAAGCACAGUGCAGUUUUUACAGUGUUUCCAAUCUACAUUUGAGUAAAUUAUAUGAAGAAUCCCAGUCUUGCUCAAGGUUUACAUCAAAAACUGGGCAAACUAAGACAUUGCAACUGGAAAUUUGCCUUAACCAAACUGCACUAUGAUGUCGGUUGUUGAGCAAAGAUUAUAUAUCUUUAAAUAAAGUUAAGUUGUAAAUAUAUAUAAAUAUAUAUAUAUUAUAUAUAAUAUAUACUGUUCACAACAUAUCUAGAUAGGGGUUAAAUUGAUGAUGAACAGUGACAGAUGAAGUGCUCACUGAGCUGAGUUGCAGUAUUAUCCUGAGGUUAUGCCAUAGGACACUAGUAACUGAUUAUUUGAUAUGAAACUGGAGCUAGAGCGUAUAAACUGGAGUCCUGUGUUUUAACUGGAGCCAUAGUGAUUUAAAAAUAAAAUGUCUGCUGGGAAGCGGAGACCACAUAAGGACAGAAAUGGAUUCCAUGGUAUAAAGUGAAAUUCUACAGGUACCACUGAACUGAAUGCAUGGUGAUGUAUAGUAAUGAAUGUGUGACUUAAUAAUACAAAAAUCAUGACACAUAUUUGCAGCCAGUCAGCUCCUGAUUGGCUUCUUCUAAUGACAAGCUGCAGUCUCCUUUAUUUGUUGACUUUUCUAAGGAAAGUAUAGCCUUUUUUGCUUAUGCUUUCAUAUUAGAAGUUUCACUGUAUAAUACAGUUGAAUAUCGCAUCUUAGUAAAUGGUUAACUGCUGGAUGCAGUGAGAAUAAAUUGCACAUCUCUAUCACCAAUGGACUGUUGAUUUAGAAUUUAGAAUUUACCAUGUGACUGAAUGUUACACAACAGAACAUCUUACAAGUUAAUUUCUCAAAACAGUGCAGAUCUGAAAUUUGGAAAAUCUUACGGUAUGCAUCAUAGCAAUUUUUUUUAUAUGAUGUAUAUGCUGGAAAAUAGUUGCAAUGGUAUUGAGAGCUACAUGUUAAAUGCACUUCAUUUUUUAACUGGUAGAAUUUUAAGAAUGUGAUAAUGUCAAUCUUCUGUAAUUAGCAGAGGAAGUACAUUUCAUGAUCAAAAGAGUAAUUUUUGUAAUACCAGCAUUCGGUACAUGUGCACCAUUAUUAUAUUCUGUUAUAUGAACCAUGUUACUGUAUUUAAGCCUACUGUACUAGGUGCAAUGUAUAUUGUUUCAGUAAUCUGGUAGAAACUGACUACAGAAAAUGAGUGCUGUACUGUAAGCAAAGGAUUCUGCAGCUUUAAUUAAAUACUUUUUUUUAAGAAAGCACAAUAAUUUAAAAUUCUGUACUUAAUAUCUUACUGAACAAAUACAGAUCUUCAGUCUUUAUCCCUGUCUGACAAAUGGCAUAUCAUUUUUUAAAUUUUUUUAUUUUUUAUUUUUGUCAUUCAUUUAUAAUGGAUUUUGAUCAAAGCUUCUGUAAUGUAGUACACGUACCUGUAUUAUUACUCUCUUAUUUCCAUGUGUAAAGAAACCUGAGAUUACAGUUGCAUAAACUCUCAGUUGUACAGAUGAGUUUCUGUCUGUAUGGUAACUGCUUUAAGCAACAGUAAUCAAAAAAUAGCCUGUGAAGAUGGCAUGUCACAAACCCCAUUCCAAAUGCUAUUGCUGUUUAGUGCUAGCUGUGAAUCUACCCUGUACAGCUGUAUCUCUAUAAAUAUGAUUUAAUGUAUUAAUAGUCACAAAAGACUGUAAGUGAACAACUAUUUUUAUGAAAUGCAGCACUAUGGAUAAAUUAACUUUUACAGAAAUCUUGUUUAUUGUAUGAUAUUCUAAAACACUGUCAAAUAAAAUGCAUACCCAAACAUGG